AUGACAACAUCAUACUAUGUGAUCCGUAGUUUACUUGAUAUUGCCCGAUUAUAUCCUCAAAAGAUAGCAAUAGUACUCGACGAUCAAGUAUGGACUUAUAGCGAGUUGAUUAUGCAAGUGGAACGUGUUGUAUAUCAAUUACAUCACUUAGGUGUAGUUCAAGGUCAAAUAAUUUAUCAAUUCGUUGAACGAAGUUUUGAGAUGAUAUGUGGCUUUUUGGCCAUCUUAUAUAUAGGUGGAGUGUAUUGUCCAAUAAAUCCAGCAGUACCGUUUGAACGUCUCAAUGUACUUCUCGAACAAAUGCAAGGUCAAUAUGUUUUAGUACAUGAAAAAACACUUAAUCAAUUUCCAACAGCAGCCGUUCAGCAUGUUAUUGUAUUGGAUAAUAUUCUUGUACCAUUGUUGGAUGUCGAAGACAUGAGUGAUCUUCAGAUUCCUGGGAAGUAUGGUGCUGCAUUUAUCAUUUUUACUUCAGGGACUACUGGACGACCAAAAGCAGUUGUUCAUACACAUAAAAGUUUUUCGGCUAGUAUGGCUGCUUUUAUUCAAUGGAACAUCGGUAUGUAUACCGCCCGAGAUCACGUUCUUCAAGUUGCUACAUGCUCAUGGAUUACACAUAUUGGGGAAAUCUCAUUGCCAUUAGUUGUCGGUGGUACUCUUGUGCUUCUGCGACAAGGAGGCGAAGCAAUGAAGCCACAUCAAUGGAUUCAAUUUGUUAAUUUGUUGAGCUCUUCCAGUGUUCAACUUUGUGUUCUAUAUGGUACGUCUGAAAGUAGCGUAGUUCUUGGAUGUCAGUUGUUAAAUAUCAAAGAUUCAAAUAUUCCUAUUGGGUAUCCAUUCCCAACUAUUCAAUGUUUGCUAAUCGAUGAUGAUGGUAAAAUUAUUAAUACUACAGAUAACUCAAGUAAAAUUGGUCAAAUUCAUAUAGGAGGACCAACUUUAUUUAACUCCUAUUUAAAUAAUCCGGAACUUACCGGAAGCAGGUUUACAACCAUAAACAAUCAAGUUUAUAUAAAAACAGGUGAUUUAGCUCGAUACAAUGCGCAAGGAAAGCUUUUUUAUGUUGGACGUGUUGAUUUUCAAAUUAAAAUACGUGGUCAACGAGUUGAAACAACUGAAAUUGAAAAUACAAUUACGAAUUCGUAUCCCGACAAGAUUUCCGACUGUGUUGUUACUAAAUUGGCACAAAAUGAUGAUCUACUUGUUGCUUACGUGGUCUCAAAAGACUCCGAGCUUGAUACUGAUCAAAUUCGAAAUUAUUGCAAUAAACAUCUAUAUCAAUACAUGGUACCAUCCAUCUUUGUCUUCUUGAAACAGCUACCUUUGAAUGCGAAUGGAAAACUAGAUCGACAGCGUCUUCCAAUACCUGAUAUUUCGGUUCUAUUGACUGGUACUAAUGAUCUUCAAUAUAUAGAACCGAAAAACGAACUGGAAACGCUUGUUCAUUCAGUGUGGUGUAAGAUCCUUGGUUGUAAUCGAAUCUCGACGCUAACAAACUUUUUUACUAUUGGUGGUCAUUCUCUUCUAUUUAUACAACUUUACCAAGGUUAUAAAACGACGUUUAAUAUCGAUAUAAGCAUGCUGGACAUAGGUGAACUCUUUCAACAUCCAACGAUUGCUAAUCAUGCUCAUCUGAUUAACCAAUCAAAAAAUGCAAAACAUAUAUCUGAACAAUCUUUAUGGCCAUUAUGCUCCAUGGAAGCCCAAAUGCUUUCUACGCCAGAUGUUAUUCUGGCCAACAACGAUAUUUCCAAGUUGCAACAUAAUUUCAUGUAUAAAACAGAUGAAACAUCAAGUUAUCAAUCUUGUGCGACUACUGAGAUUCAACUGGCUUAUUUAUUUGGACGACGUGGCUAUGUCGAGCUUGGUCAAGUUUCUUGUUAUUCAUAUGAAGAAUACGAUUUACCAUUGCAGUUCAAUAUCGAACGACUUGAGCAAGCAUGGAACCAUUUGAUUCAUCGUCAUGAAGCAUUACGGACCAUUUUUAUAUCUGAUACAGAACAGCAAAUUCUUAGAAACACUCCUUACUAUACGAUACUCAUAGUUGAUUUGUCUAAUACGAUAUUCAUAGAAGACGAACUCAUUAAAAGACGUAUGCAAUUAUCACAUCAAAUUCAUCCUGCUAAUCAAUGGCCAUUAUUUGACAUUCAAGUAACUUGUUUUAUUAACGACAGUACACGUCAUUUUCGUAUCCACAUCGGCUUAGAUCUUCUCAUAAUGGAUCUUUGGAGUGCAAACAUCAUUUUUUCUGAACUAUAUCAACUGUACCACUGCCCACAUGUUAUUUUACCGACGAUCAAGUAUUCUUUUAGAGACUACAUAAUAGCACAAAAUCAAAUCAAAACCACAUCCGUCUAUCAAGCCGACAAAAAGUAUUGGAUCGAUCGACUACAUUCAUUUCCAUUAGGUCCUAGUUUACCCCUACGCUGUUUACCAACAGAAUUAAAGAUACAACGAUUUGUGCGUUUGAAACGUACAGUGGAUCAGUCAAUAUGGAGUCAGUUGAAAGAGCGAAUCAAUAGUGCUCAAUUGUCUCCUGCUGGAUUUCUAACAUCUAUCUAUGCGAUUGUAUUGGCUAAAUGGAAUGAUAAUCAACACUUCUCAAUCAAUUUACCUAUCUUCAAUCGUCUCCCGAUACAUCCACAAGUCAAUCACAUAGUGGGGGACUUCACAUCAGUUAUUCCACUAGAAAUCAACUUACAGAAAAAACAAACUUUUCAUCAAUUUUUCCACACGGUUCAAAAACAAUUAUGGGAUGAUCUCGCACAUAUGUCUUACGAUGGUAUAUCGUUUAUUCGUGACUUGAUGCACAUUAACAAGACCAGAGAAAUAGUUUUGCCUAUCGUGUUUAUGUGUGGAUUGUUUCACUCGAAUUCUAAACAGAAUACAAACAAACUUCGAGAUCUUUUUGAAAAAACUUCAGUAUAUGGAAUUUCACAGACUCCUCAGGUUUACUUGGAUAACCAAAUUUUUGACGAAGAUGAACAAUUAGUUAUCCGUUGGGAUCAUGUAGAAAAUUUAUUUCCCACGUCGAUGAUCGAUGAUAUGCAAAAUGCGUUCAUUGAUCUUAUAAUACGACUAGCAACGUCAAGUGAGAUGUGGCAAGAGUUAGCCUCUGUAUCAUUACCAGUUGGACAAUUACAAAGGCGAUUCAACUUUAUCGAAACCCAAUGGAAGUCUGGGAUGAAUACACAACUACUUCACACUUCAGUUAUUCAUCAAGCACAACAAACGCCUAAUACUUGGGCGAUUAUAUCAUCGCAAGAAAAUCUCACGUACCAACAAUUAAUGAAUCGGGUUUAUUCAUUAGCAUAUCAUCUACAACAGCAACAUGACAUGAACUCCAAUCAAAUCAUUGCUAUUCUCAUAAAGAAAGGUUGGGAACAGAUUGUUGCUUGUUUAGCUAUCUUAGUUUCAGGUGGUGCUUAUUUACCUUUGGAUGUUGAUUCACCCUACGACCGUCUUUGUUCAUUAAUCGAAGAAACUAAUGUCACAAUUCUUCUUACACAAUCUCAUUGUCAACAUAGAUUUCCACAUCUCACAACUAUUCCAGUCGAUACAUUCACAACGGAUGAUAAUUAUCCAACACCAUUUCCUAUCAAACAACAAUCAUCAACUGAUUUAGCUUAUAUUAUUUAUACAUCUGGAUCAACUGGAAAACCAAAAGGUGUUAUGAUUAGUCAUCAAACUGUUGUAAAUACUAUUCUUGAUAUGAACUCAAGAUUAGAUAUCUCAACUAAUGAUAGAAUAUUUGCAUUAUCACAUCUCAAUUUUGAUUUAUCCGUUUACGAUAUAUUUGGAAUAUUGAUUGUUGGUGGAACUAUAGUAAUUCCAAAUCAUGAAGAUUAUAAAAAUCCUCAACAUUGGUAUGAUAUGAUAAUUAAACAUCAUGUCACUAUUUGGAAUAGUGUUCCAAUGCUCAUGCAAAUGUUUGUUGAACAUCUCAAACAUACAAAUAGUCGUAAUCAAUUACGACAUAUCUUAUUAAGUGGUGAUUGGAUACCAUUAUCUUUACCCGAGUCAAUACGAAUAACAUUAGGUGAACAAGUAACAAUAACUAGUUUAGGUGGUGCAACAGAAGCAUCGAUUUGGUCAAUUGCCUAUACUCUACCAAAAGAAAUACCACAAGAAUGGAAAUCAAUUCCUUAUGGAAUACCAUUAAGAAAUCAACAAUAUUAUGUCUAUGAUAUACAUCUUCAUGAUUGUCCUGAAUGGGUGAGUAGUGAACUUUAUAUUGGUGGUGAAGGCUUAGCUAAUGGUUAUUGGAAUGAUCAAGACAAAACAAAAACAAGUUUUAUUAUUCAUCCAUUAACUAACAAACGUCUUUAUCGAACAGGUGAUUAUGGUCGAUUUCUACCAAAUGGAUAUAUUGAGUUUACCGGACGAAAGGAUUUUCAAGUAAAAGUACAUGGUCAUCGUAUUGAACUUGGUGAAAUUGAACAUCAUUUACAACAGCAUCCACAUAUUCAACAAUCUAUUGUUAAUAUUGAUGACAAAUCCAAACACUUAAUUGGAUAUGUUAUGCCAGAAAAGCCUUCUACUGAUAAUAAAGAAUAUGAUUUAACAGAGAUAUUAAUCGUUGAUCCUAUUGAACGUAUUAAUUUUAAGCUUGCAAGACAUAGUGUAAGACAUCAAAAGAAGGUAGAAAAGAGCUUUGCUCUAACAAAACCAAAACUUGCAGAAACAUUAAUCGAUACAUAUUAUAUGAGAAAAAGCUAUCGACAAUUUACAAAUGAAACUAUUGAAAGAUCUACUAUCGAGAAGUUGUUAAAAAACUGUCACAAUAGCAAUAAUAACGAAAAAAUAUCUUUAACUCACCUCGAUUUUGGUAUUCUUAGUCAACUAUUAGCAGUAUUAACAUCGAUCAGUAUUUCUGAUCAACCUUUACCAAAAUAUUAUUAUGCAUCAAUUGACGAUCUUUAUCCAGUACAAGUAUAUGUUGAAUUACCAAGAUCUAUAGAUAAUAUUUCGCCUGGUGUUUACUAUCAUAAUCCAGACGAACAUACUCUAGAGCUAAUUAGUACUCAUAUUAAUAAUGACAUGAUGAAUAUAAGAUUACAUCUUGUUGGAAGAUCAUCAGCAAUUGCACCGCUAUAUGGUCAAAGAUUGGGUUCUCAACUUUGUAUGCUCGAAACAGGAUAUAUUACGGGAUUACUAGAACAAGAAGGGUCAAGAUUAGGAUUGACUUUCUUGGAAAAUACGCAUAAUGAUUCUAUAACUCGAAAUAUUCUGAAUAUGGAUGAGGAUGACACACAUUGUUGUUUUCAACUUUCAUCAUCUGAGCAAAAUAUUUCUAAUAAUGUACAAAAUGAUAACCAUCAAUGCAUUAUUUAUCUUAAAUCGAUCAACAAUAACAAAGAUCAAUGGUUUACUUAUAAUAAAGAAUAUGAUACUGUUACAUCUUUUGAUGUCGAAAAUGAAACUACGCAAGAAGAAAUACCACUGUUCUUUGAUGAUGACGAUGAUACAAAGAUUAUAUUCCAUGAUUGCCAAUGUGCAAUCUUCUUCAGCGGACGAUCAGAAGACACAAUGAAUAUAGGUAAGUUAUCACAUUUAUUAAUGGAUCAUUGUUUAGAAAUGAAUAUUGGUAUGUGUCCAAUUGGUACUCGUACGAGUUUUCCAAAACAAAUUAAUGAUGUAUUAGAUACUAUUUUUAUUCAUGAUAAACUAAACGGAAGUAACAUAUUACAUAUAUUACUUAUUGGAAAGAUUAGUAAUGAACAAAAAAACCAACGUACUAUUUCGACAGUACGAUCAAUGCCAAACUGGAGUGAAACAUUACGAAUAUAUCUAAUGAAAAAGCUUCCAAUGUAUAUGAUACCAUCACAUUUUAUAAGUGUUUCAUCAUUUCCAUUAAGUCCAAAUGGUAAAAUUAAUCGAAAAGCUCUACCAGAAAUACCACUAUCAGUGCUUCAACAAGAAGAUAUCUAUAAUGCACCAAAUACUGAAUUAGAAAAAACAAUUGCGAAUAUUUGGCAAGAAAUAUUAUACACAGAUCGACUUAUUAUACAACAUGAUGAUCCAACUAAAAUCGUCUCUGGUAUUGACAGAAAAACAUCUUUUCUUAUAUCUACUACAGCUAGUUUCUUCAGUGUCGGCGGCAAUUCUCUUUUACUUGUUAAGAUCUAUCAACGUUAUCAAUCAAAACUUAAUUUCGAAAGAGAAGCAUUGAGUAUUCGAUCAUUGUUUGACUAUAACACCAUAGUAGAACAUGCUAAACUACUUGAACCAAUCAUCAUCGAUGGUGCACAACUAAAACAAUGGCAUACGUUGCAUAUUAAUGAAGGUAUCGCAUCGUAUGCUCAAGAACGCAUAUUUCUUGAUGAACAAGUUCGUUUCUCUGCCCAAAUUGCUAUUUACAAUGAGUUGACUGUUCUACAAGUUACGAAAGGCUUAUUAUCAGUGAAUCGUUUAUUGCAAACUCUUCGCUAUGUCUUAAGUAAACAUAAGAUAUUAAGAACUUCUCUAAGUUUCAACAACGAUGAUAGUACUUUGAAACAAUCUAUCACUGAUAAACAUCUAACAUUUACAUUGGCUGCCGAUCAAACAUUCGAAAAUGAAACUGAUCUUCAUAACAUUAUCUCACAAAUAAGUACUAAUCCUACUUUGUUCGAUUUAUCAAGUGGUCGUGUAUUUUAUUGUCAAAUUCUCAGACAACAGAUGAUACCUGAUGAAAAUCACGAUAAAGAAAUGAUUACAAAUUCUGAUGUUCUCGUUAUCGGCUUUCAUCAUGUUGCAAUUGAUCAAUCAGGUGGUUCAAUUUUUUUAAAUGAUCUAUGUAAUACUUACAAUAGUAAUAUGGCGGGGUUAGAUGAUGAAGAAUCAUUACAAUAUAUUGAUUAUGCCGUCCAUGAACGCCUCAUCGACAUGACACCAUCACGUGAGUUUUGGCAUUUACAAUUCGAAGGAUGUAACUUGAAACGUCGAUUGUCAUUGCCAAUCGAUCAGCAUUGUUUGUCUGAUGAUCAACGAUCUGGUUUCGCUUCUGCCGUGGAAAUCACUUUCGACAGGAAAAUAUCCUCAUCAUUUCUUAAUUAUGCUUCUUUACAUCAUUUGACACUAUUUCAACUCGGAUUGGCUACAUUCUAUACAUUUUUAUUCAAGUUAACAUAUAGUCCAACUGAUUUAUGUAUUUCAUGCCUUAAUGCCAACCGAUACAGAUCUGAAUUACAGACUAUGGUAGGAAUGUUUGUUUCAACAUUACCAUAUCGUAUGCAACUUGAUCCUUGUUGGUCAUUUGAUGAAGUUACUAAACAUGUACGAGAAAAAUGUUUAUCAAUUCUUGAACAUUCUCAUUAUCCACUUCAACAUAUUCUUCGUGAUUUUCAUCUUGAUCAAUCAACUGCCCCUUUUCUUCAAAUAGCUUUUGAUUUCAUUACUGAAUCUUCAGUUAACGAUCAGUUGACUUUCGAUGAUGUUAGUUUACAACCAGUGUUAUUACAACAGUCUUCGGAAGUGGCUAAAUUUGAUUUUACAUUAAAAUUCGUUUACAAUCCAAUCUCGAAUGACAACAUAUUGUCAUCUAGUUUUAUUUGUUCACGUGAUCUAUUUGAAGAUACGACAGUUACAAAAAUGAUACAAAGAUUUCAAUAUCUUUUUGAACAAAUUUUUUCAAUGAAUUUCAACGUUAAUCAGACUGAUUUAGUUGUUUCACCUAUUGCCAAACUUACUCUUAUCUUACCCGAUGAAAUGAAUGAAAUGCAACACGUAGCUUUUUACCGUCAAUCAAAUGUGACGAAUGAAGCACCAGCAUCAUUUGCACAAGCUCGUAUUUGGCUUGACGAAAGAAUUCGAUUCGAUCCAAACAAGCCUCAAAUAGCCAUCUAUAAUAUGCCUUUUGUUUAUCGUUUGAAAUCAGAUCAUACUUUAUCGAUUAAACAACUUCGUCAUGCUCUUCAUCUCGCUGUUAACAAUCAUCACUCACUUCAUACUUCACUUCAUUUUGACUUCCAAAAGAAUCUACUUAUGCAACGAAUUAUUACUCAUGAAGAUAAAAAGAAUAACAAUUUGUUUUCAAUCAUCAAAACUGCUUAUGAAACAGAUGAGCAAUUAAAUGAGAUUUUACACGACGAGAAACGUAAUCCCCAUCUUUUUGAUCUUACUCAAGGUCUUGUAUUUCGGUGUCAUAUUAUUUAUCAUAAACAAAUCUCUCCAAAUCACCUUCUUUCUCACAAAGAUCUACUGAUUUUCAACUUCCAUCAUGCUCUAUUUGAUUUUCCAUCAAUGGAUAUAUUUCUUCAUGAUCUCAAUCAAGCAUAUACAACUGGUCAAUUAUUAUAUGAUAACAACACUAAUCUUCACUAUCUUGAUUAUGCUGCUAUUGAACAACAAAUGUCAAUGACUGGUGCAAGUAUGUUUUGGCUUGAUGUUCUUCAUGAUUGUAAACUCGAACAACCUUUAUCAUUACCAUUUGAUCGACAUCGUCUCACUAAUGAACAUCGGACUAAUCGAGCAACAUCUUUUUCAUUUGAUUUUGGUCAAGAUCUCUCAAAUGACUUUCUUAUUCAUGCAAUAUCAAACAACAUAUCAUUGGAACAUCUCACAUUUGCUGUUUAUUUCAUCUUUCUAUCUAAAUUAACCAAUGGACAAACAGAUUUAUGUCUAGCUAUGAACAUCAAUAAUAAUCGAUAUAGAGAUGAACUCAAGUCAAUCAUUGGAUUGUUUGAGAAUGUCAUUCCAUUACGAUGUCGAUUAGAUCCUCAUUGGUGUUUCCAUCAAUUACUCGAAUUUGUUCAGGAGAUAACAACGAAGAGUAUGCAAUAUUCAUAUUUUCCACUUCAACAUAUUCUCAAUCAACAUCCACAUAUUUCCAAACAUGCAUUUUUGGAUACAUCUCUGGAAUUUAUAUCAUGUACUAAGAACAAUGCAAUGAUGAUUGGUGAUUCUCAACUUGUUCCAGCACUAUUUUUCCCACUCAAUAUUAAUGAAGAUGAGAUAGUAAGUGUAUGCGACUUCUCUCUUUCAAUUCAUCAUUAUAUGAACAUUAAUCAACUAUCAUGCACAAUCAAUGCAUCAUUUGACUUGUUCAAUAUUGACACAGUGGAGAAGAUUUCACAACGAUUUCAUUCCAUCUUACAUCUAUUAUCUGCAUCUAUGAUUGAUGAUCAAGUAAACAAACCUAUCCAUGAAUUAUCAUUAACAUUAUCAAAUGAACAAUAUCUAAUGCAAUCAUUGAAUAAUACACAAAUAUCAUUUUCAUCUCAUUUCACUUGUAUUCAUCAUGAAUUUGUAUAUCAAGUAAUGAAACAUCCACAAAAACUAGCUAUUGAGUUGGAUGAACAAUCAUUAACAUAUUGUGAACUUCUGUAUUAUGUUCAAGUUUUAUCUUCAAUUCUUCUCAAUGAAUAUAAUGUGUUUCCAGGUGAAAUAGUUUAUCAAUGUGUUGAGCGAAGUUUGUCAAUGGUGAUUGGUAUUAUGGGAAUUGAAAUGGUUGGUGGUGUCUAUUGUCCAUUAUCACCUCGAGAUCCGCAACAGCGUUUACAUGCACUCACACAACAAAUACAAAGUCGUCUUGUUCUUGUUCACCAUUUAACUAAAACUAAAUUUGAUGAUGCUAUUGUUUCACUUGAUAUUGAUUCAAUAUUAGAUAUUAAUGAUAUAGAUGAGAAAGAUCUUUCAAGUGCGAUACUGAAAGGUGAAGGCUUAGCGUACAUUAUUUUCACUAGUGGAUCAACUGGAACACCCAAAGCGGUUCAAGUUCGACAUAAGAACUUUAUUGCUUGUAUCCAUUCUUUGGUUUAUAUUGACUCAUUUAAUAAAUAUGAUACAGUUGUACAAAUGACACGAUGUUCAUUUGACGUUCAUGUUCAAGAAAUACUUGGUGAAGCUUUUGCUGUUCAUUUGAUCGCCUUAAUGGUGAAAACUGGCAUAACCAACUGUGUUGUUUGGAAUUUGUAUGGUCCAGCUGAAACAACUAUAGUCUCUACCUUCCACAAAGUAGAUUUGAUAGAGGAUACACGAAGCGUUUCGAUCGGUAGACCACUAUCUAAUUACCGAUGUAUGAUUAUCAAUCAGUAUUUACAACCGUCUAUUACCGACGAAGAAGGUGAACUGCUUAUAGGUGGAGUAGGUGUCUUUGCUGGUUAUCUUGAACGUGAUGAUUUGACAGCAAAAGCUCUCGUUGAAAUAGAUGAUAAACUAUUUUAUCGAACAGGUGAUCUUGUUACAAUCGAUAACAAUGGUCUUCUUCAUUAUCAAGGAAGAAAAGAUCAUCAAAUCAAACUUCAUGGACAAAGAAUUGAACUUGGUGAAAUCGAACGAUGUUUACUUAAUAUUACAUUCAUUUCUGCUUGUGUUGUUAUGAAAUGGAAUGAUGAUUAUUUAAUUGCUUAUGUUCAAUCUUCUCAUGUGAAUGAGGAACAACUACGUCAACAUUGUCAAUCUCAUCUUCCACCACAUAUGAUUCCCUCAAUAUUCAUUAUACUUGAGAAGAUACCUUUGAAUCAAAAUGGAAAAGUAGACAGAAAACAACUUCCUUUACCGGACUUUUCUUUAUCAGCUUUGUUAUCGUCCGAUAUAUCUGAUACUCCUCUAAAUCAGUUCGAAGAACGUAUACAUACUAUUUGGUGUCAAGUUCUUCAUUCUAAUCAAAAUCACAUUUCCAAAACUACCAGCUUUUUUAGUGUUGGUGGUCAUUCACUGUUAUUUAUUCAACUUUAUCACCAUUAUCAAUCAGUAUUUAACUUUGAUGCUCAUACACUUUCGAUUGCUCCAUUUCUUCAACAACCCACUAUUCGACAACAUUCACAAUUACUUCAAACAGUUCCAUCCAACGAUACGCAGACAAUACGAUGUCAGACACUACAUAUCAAUCAAGGUAAAACAUCUUUAAAUUAA